AUGGCUAAAGGUGACGACAACAAGGCCUCACCUUCACGUGCUGCCUCGCCAGGACGCGCAGCUAUUUCGCCGCGCAGUGCGGCUGUCCUGCGAGAUGUGCCGGCUCACGAAAGGAGCUCUGCGACCGACGAAAAUAUUCUCGCGGUCCUCGCCGCCCUCUCGGACCGCAUGGAGAAGAUGCAGACUUGCCAAAUACGGAUCGACGAGGAUAAGCGUAUACGCGGUGCCAUAGAAAGCGGCAUGUUUCCAUCGGCUGUUGGCGCGAAUAUGGGCGCAAGGACGAUGACAAACGAAGCGCUAAGAAACUCACUAGAGCGCAACCCAGCGGCUCGUGAAGAGCGGAAGCCAGGACCGUCACCCGAACUCGGAGGAUCGUUGUUCUCAUCUCUAGAGACGCGGUCACCGAUGCCGAACAUGCAACAAGCGCGGGGCGUACCUCUGCUGACGACGCAUUUUCCCAAGCUUCAAGUCCAGCAGCGCCACUUCAGCAGCAAGGAGCGGUGA